AGGCAACCCGGGGCAUUCUUUCAACUUUCCCAGUCCUCUUUUUGUUUUCACUCCACAAGACCGUCAACCCGUCAACCCGUCGACCCCACGAAGGAAGUGAACGUUAACCUUGCACCUUCCCGUUGUAAUCGACGUUUCCCAAAAUUGUGCAUCGUCGCGCAUCAUUCAUAUUCCAUCAAUUCCCCGUUUUUGAUUUCGGAUCAACUUUCCAUUCUACCUCAUUACAAAUUCCUUUUGAAUUAACCUAGUACUUUGUACAUGUUGGUAUACUCGUUGCUGACGACGCGACAGCCUUUUCACCUUUAUAUUUUCGCCCUUCAAUACCCUUUUGCAUCUACUACAUCCAUUUGGCUGCUUCUCAGCUUCACCCACAACUCAGGUUUAUCCUAUCUUGACUUGCCUGUUAAUUUACUUCCCUCUUGCCAUACGCGCAUCAGCUAAUACCAAAAAUGGGUCUACCAUUAUGGGUUGAGCCUGACGAGUCCGGCUCUCGCGCCAAAACAGCGCCGAAAUCCUCUACUGAUCCCGCAACUGGCCGAUCUCCGAUUCGCCGCUCAACUUCACCGCGUCGCGCCAGUAGCUCUAGGAACACUGACCGGCGCCGUCAACUACGUGAGAUUCGAGCUCAGCGUCUUAACAUGCUCAUGUCCCAGCAAGCCAAUAACGCCGAAGACGAAUUAAGCCUCAAUGGUCCAGCUGCUGUUCACGAGACUGCUUCUAAUCCCUUUCGCGUCGUUACCACAUCACAGGCACUACGCGCUCCGGAUUCUGAGGUUCCUAUCGACCUAGCUGCUUUCUUCCACCCUGUUCGCCCUGGUCGCCUUGUCUAUGCUCCCCACCUCCUUCGGGAAGAUCAUACCCAUGCCUUAGAUGCUUCUGAUGAUGAAGAUGACGAUGAUGAUGAACUCCCUGGCCUUGAGGAAGAGGAGGUCCCUAAUUCUACCCGGUUUGGAAAUAAUCAACCUGCUCGAACCGUUCGCUCUAACAGAGGUGACAAUGGUACAUCUCCAGCCGAUUCCGAUGACUGGGAGCCUAGAUCUAUAGAAGAUUUUUAUCGAAAUCGCCCUCGGCGAAUAAUUUCGCCUACAACGAGAAUAAAUCGCUUUGUAGAUCGCUUUGGACACCUCCGAGAAGAAGAUCGAGAGUUUGAACCAACACAGGACCGUGCACCUGGUAAUAUUACUGAUCCUGCUUCAAGCAUGGAUCAUCACAUUCAUACGGCAUUGCGAGAGAUGAGCGACCGUCGACGCCGAUCUGGUGUCGAUCAACGUCGAGCAAAUCGAGUUAGGUAUGUCGAUGGAUUGGGCGAUCGAGACCGCAGUUUAAGCCCGGAGGGGGAUGGGGUUUGGUCUAUCCUACAGUCGACUUUAACCGUCGACCCUCACCCACCUAGUGUUGGUUCCUCGUUUGCUUCUACUACAGCUUCGACUAUAGCGUCUCUGAAUCCUACUGUUCCUUCAUCUCGCACCUCUAUUACUAGUCCGACCGAAGAGGUUGAACCCCCUUGCGACCCUGUCGGAGAGCCAGAACCCACCGCUGAAGAUAGUGGUGCUGAUGUCCAAGGCACGGACCGUUCUAGGCGGCCGACACCUCAUGGUAGACGAUCAUAUGCAGCAGUUGCUGCUGACACAUUCUCUGGCACAGGGCUUUCAUCUGACGAUCCCGAAUGGCUUUCUGGUAUGCAUCGGAUUGUCAGCGGGCUUGCAUCUAGACAGGAUAUCCCUGACGAAUGGUGGGAACAAGCUGGCCUCAGCCGUUCAAUGUCGUUGGGAUGGCCCCUUUGAAUUUUGAAAAGAACAGAGGGAUAUUAGGGAUUUCCUAGAACGAUGUACGAUCCCAGCCCGUGAAGGGGACAAGAGAAAAUAGGGGUUUAAAGGUUUGCAUUAUGUUUUUAUCUUUGGCCUGGACUUUGGCGUUGCAGGAAAAUAAAAGGAUAUGCGUCAUGGCGUGUGGACAUUGAUGGACUUUGCUUAAGCAGAGCAAGCCUGAAGUUAUAUGGUUGGCGUUGUAUUAUACUUGUAUGAAGGGUGUUAUGUGUCCAUCGAGACCAAGGAAAGGAAGCAGGGGGGACGAAGAAGCUACAGGUUGUAACUAAGCUUAUUACGAUAUGGGAGUAAGGGUUUGAUCGUGGCAGCUUAUACGUAGCCCAAGAAUUAUGAGAGCUGUCUUAUCUUUUACAGCAUUGUACACUUGAUUAGAGAAUUCAAUGCUUUUCUAUGA